CCGUCUUCAGCUGCUGUUCCUCCGCCGGCCGCCAGGGGGAGCGCAGCAGUAUCGAUGAUGUUUAGUUUUAUAUCGGGUGGGAAAUGAUCUCACUGCGAAAGAAGAAUCCAUAAAAGCGGCCAUCACUGCAUUGAACAUGCGUGGGUAAAGGACCAAGUGCCUUUAUUUGGAUAGUGGCAGACCUUUUCCAUCUAACAGUCCAGGAAUAAAAGGCAGGCCUGCACUUGAGGAUCACUUUCCUGAGAGAAACUGUAAAAGUAAACCCGUCUGUUUUCAUCACCGUGGCAACAUGUUGCCACAGAAACAAGCUUCAUCAUCACUGGACGAGAUGAUGGACAGCUUCAGCCCGGCUUCAGCCCGCUCCGGUCCUCGCUGCCAACAUAAACCUCAGCGCUUCAGACUGAGACCCAUGCAUCAGAGCACCCUCAGCCUGGGCGACACGCCGCCCUGCUACACCACCACCCACACCCAGAGUUAUUCCGGCAGGUCAGCCGAUGGACGUCCUCUCGUCUUCCGCCUCAGAGACCCCGGCUUCCCCUCGCAGCACUGGAGCCAGCUGGAUCUCCGUGACAACACCAUGCCGCCGCAAAGUGUGUUGCAGUCACACAGCAAAGAGGUGCACGUGCGCCAGCACGUGACUCGGAGAGUUGACCCAAAGUUGGAAAACUGGGCUCGGUAUAACAGCAGCAGAGCCAUCAGAGAGCUCAUCAACCAUCAUCAGCAUCAUCCAUCCGAGCGCCGGAGCACCUACAGGACGGAGCACACGAGCCCGGAGUUCAACGGCUCGUCACUGCAGGCCAGCGGCCGACAGACGCAGUGGCACCAACACGACAUCCUGACAGGUGAACCAAAGCAGGUGAUUGGGCCGGGGAAGUCCAGCAGACGGUCCAGAGAUCAGCAGCUGUGGGCGACCAGACGCUGGGAGACGGACUGUACUGCAUUCAGACUCUACUGACAGGAAGUAACGCCACAGGAAACCUCCAUUAAAUGUACAAACCCUGUCAGGACUCUUCUGUGGUCUGCCGAUGCUUCUCAGAGCAUUCCUAUAUGAUGCAGGAACGAUGUUUCUCCUCCAGGACUCAGUGAAUAUAAACAAGUAAACUUUAACUGAAGGGGCUCAGAUGGGCAGGAAAACACAGAAAUACUAAAAUCCAAAGUCCACGGGAGGCUCCAGCAGGGAGUCGGCCACCAACUUUACAGCAUAAAUAAACACCUUUACAGCCGGACAGGUGAGACACAGGUGGCUGUAGCUGCUAGCAUUUUUAUAUCAUCAUCUGACCAAUAAUAUGGCUGCUGUAAGGUACUAACAGAUGUUGGUGAAAUUCUGGAUGUUACUAAUCAGCAGGUACGUGUCUGUGUGAUGCAGCCGUACAGUGUGUGGCGAUUGCUAAGUUAUCAGCUAAUGCUAUCACCCUCUCAUCCAAAUAUCACUACUGGAACCCAAACUUCUAGGGGCCACAGCGAGUCCUAACCCACGAAUGAAAGCCCCCCGCCCAGUUUAACUAACAGUGUAAAUAAAAGCUUAGAAUCAGAGAGAAAACGUCCCGGAGGUCCAGAAAUAAUCAAUCCUGUACUCCCACUGUGGUCCAAUAACAUGCCAUCCAGCUCCAGACAUGAUCUGUGGGUCGGAUCACUGUGGAGCUGUGAGGUGUUUGGGCUCUUCGUCCUGCUGCAGCACGAAUCUCAUUUCCUUUAUCCAGACAUAAAGCAGAGAAUACAACGCAUUUUCACUCACUCACACACCUAGAGCGUCCUCAGCUGUUGCCCGUACAGCCCGACUGUGAUGGGUAGUCACAUGAUUGGGGCUGCACAGGUAAGGACAGUGUAGGUCUGGAAGGACGGCAGGGGUCACACACAUGAAGGCCAAGAAACAAUCUCAUUUAAAUCACUUUAUUCGUGUGUAAAGAUCUCCAAUAAACACAAAUAAUGAAAUGAGUUGAAAUAUCAGAAAUAAGGAGACUGAGGAGGAACGAACACAUAAAUAACAAGAAAAGGACAGACGGGGACAGAGAAGAGAGGGCGGGGCCUAUUUACAGAGACGCCCCACGUCACAGACAGACUGUGGGGUGUCAUCCAAGCACUAACAGAGUCCAGCUAGCAGCGGUACAGCAGUAGGCCUGUCUCUACAAACAGUUUCAGCUCCGCUUCAAAUCCAGUUUUGUUUUCAGCACUAAAUUCAAACACAAGUGAAGCAGAUGAAGCACAAAAAAGGUAAAAAGACCUGCUCGCAUGUUUAAAUGCCCCCCCCAAAAAAAAAAAAA